UGCGGGUGUGUGGCGACUCUGGCGAGGGGAGGUGGGAGGUGGGAGGUGGGUGGAGAGGGCAGUUCUCCCAGGUACUUAUAUUUGUCGGGAUCACACAGUUGGACCUACGUAUCGGUGCAUUGUCCACCACCGCUGCGGCUGCCUCGGCUCGGGGGCACUUGUUGAGGACACCAGCGACCGGCAUCGGUGGGUGGGACCAGCAGUGUGAUCUGCUGGCCUGCGGUAGGCUCCUGAGUUUUGUCGUCUUUUGUUGCUGGGCGAAAUGGCAUCUUCUGCAGCUGCAGUAUGGACAGCAUCGACAAUGUCCUCGGCAGUGUCUACUGCCAAGGUCAGCUCACAAAGAGCUGAGCAUGGGACUGCAACUCGGAAGGGGAGCUCUUGUUGUGUCGGCAGAUUGCUGAACCUUCGUCACCAGUCUCCAUCGCCCUCGCAGUCAGCAGUGUGCGCUGGAAGGUUGUUGCUGUCACCAUCCAGAGAAGCCACGUGUGCCCGGCGCAACGAUUUAUCAGCUGUGUUGUCGGGGUAUUCUCUCACUGGUGCAUUGUUGUCCCCGAAGUCCAACGGGUUGGGUCGAAGUUUGUACCUCUCUGGACAGGAGAUCUUGCCUCGUGGUUUGGGUCCCGUUUCGUUGAGCAGGCCGAAGAAGCAUGAGGGCGGUGGUAGGACUAUAGUCUGCAAAGCGUACGAUGCUGCGGGUGCAGGCAGUGUUCCAGAUUCCUCGUCUGCAGCAGCCGCUGCUGCGACAUCUCCUAGCACUGCUGCAGACUCAACCAAGGCAGGAGCCGGACCCGUCCGUCUGGCGAUCAUUUUUGGCCUGUGGUAUUUUUUCAAUGUUGUUUUCAAUAUUUACAACAAGAAGGUUCUUAAUGUGUAUCCGUUCCCAUGGCUGACCUCAACGCUCUCUCUCGUGGCGGGAACCCUUUUUAUGCUGGUCUCUUGGGCCAUCCGGGCGCAACCAGCCCCACGCUUGUCGAAGGAGUUCUUGUGGGCCCUAGCACCUGUGGCAUUGUUUCACACGAUUGGUCACGUGGCGGCAACCGUAAGCAUGAGCAAGGUUGCUGUGUCAUUCACUCACAUCAUCAAGAGUUCCGAGCCCGUCUUCAGCGUCUUCGUGUCCAGCCUCUUCCUCGGGGAAUCGUUUUCUCUGCCCGUCUACCUUUCCUUGCUCCCCAUUGUCCUUGGAUGCUCCAUCGCCGCAGUCACAGAGUUGACGUUCAACGCUGUCGGGUUCUGGGGAGCAAUGAUUUCGAACGUUUCUUUCGUGUUUCGUAACGUCUUCUCCAAGAAGGGCCUUAUCAACUUCAAGGAGAUUGAUGGAAUCAACUUGUACGCAAUGAUCACCAUCGUCUCUUUGGUGUAUCUCACUCCAUUGGCACUUUUUGUUGAGGGGCCUGCGGCAUGGACGGCCGGUUGGAAUUCUGCUACAGCGCAAAUUGGGGUUCAACAGUUAGCUUGGUGGAUGUUCUUGCAGAGCAUCUUUUAUCAUUUGUAUAACCAGGUGUCAUACAUGGCACUCGACAACAUUUCUCCCCUGACGUUUUCUGUCGGGAACACCAUGAAGAGAGUGGUUGUCAUUGUUGCUGCCAUCAUCGUGUUCAAGACGAAGGUCACUCCUCUCAAUGCGAUUGGGUCAGCUGUUGCUAUCUUUGGUACUUUCCUCUAUUCACAGGCAAAGGCAUAUUCUGACAAAAAGCAGAAAUAGAGGUUGGGCAGCAAAAAGGAGGUGGGAUCUGAACAGGUAUAGAGAGAGCAACAGAAUGUGCAGCAGAGGUGGUGUUUCUCCGGUAAUUGGGGGGGAGGGAGUUGGGAGGAAUGGGGGGGGGGGGGGGGGGGCAAGGGGGAAAACGGGGGGGGGGCAGAGGGAGGGCAAGUUCACGAAGGAGGGCCUUUAUGUGAGCAUGACGAGGUUGGGGGUGAGAUCUGAGAUGAGGUAGGUAAGACCAGAGCAGUUGCGAUGAAGAAGUCUCCGUCUCUUAGCGGUUGAUUCUGCCGCAACGACACCAGGAGGCGGUAUAGCAGGAGGUACAGCAGGUGGUAUAGCAGGCGGUACACGGUACUUUUUAUCUCUUCGUGACACGGGUGUCUUCCGUGAUCACUGUCCCAGCAUUUGUUCUUGCUUGUGCUGAAUUCUGCUGACUUGGCAGUUGGGAAGAAGCUGCUUUUGCUGAAUCCUGCUGACUUGGCAGUUAGGAAAAAGGAGGUCAGUUUCUACUAUCUAGGGUUGAUAAUACUUGAUAUGUAGUUGUGAGAUGAUGUACGUAACAUGUAGUUCAGUCUAGGUUCGUCCUUGAUGCCCACCAUGUUUAAUUAACUUUAAUAUCUACUUCCUGCAUCUGAGGCAUGACGGCCCGAAAGGCUGCCGCUUAUUUACUGUGCCAUAUUUCCAAGAAUCAUAGUCUCCUCGUUGAUUGUACCGAUUUGGUUUCAUUCGCUCUGGAACUGACAUUAUGGUUGGUCGAUCUGGUUUUCAUUCGGUCCGGUUUGGAUUAUAGAGCCUGAUCAGAUCAGAAGCUCUAGAAUCCAGAUAGCCUUUUAGUAUGCAAUGCUAUGCAUGCAAAAAUAUGGCCAGUGUCUUGCUUGCCUUGCGUGCAUCUUGUUGUCGCCAUACUGGGGGAUUGGCAACCACCCUCCCCCAAAUCCAUUUAGUAUGCAAUGCUAUGCAUGCAAAAAUAUGGCCAGUGUCUUGCUUGCCUUGCGUGCAUCUUGUUGUCGCCAUACUGGGGGAUCGGCAAACUCCCCCCAAUCCCCCCGUGUAGGGAUACCAAAGGAACGCCCACUUGAUCACGCCGUUGAGUAAGUAAAUUAUGAGUCUUUGCUGCAAUGACAGUACCAGCUAGGUUGCAGGGUACAGGGAAGAGGGGGAGAGGAGGGGGGGGAGAGAAAGAAGGGGAUAGGAGGAAGGGGAGGGGGAGGAGAGGGAGGUGGAAAGCUCCCUCCUCAAGACAGCCGAAUGCCAUGUUGUUUAUUUGUGAAAGCUCUUCGCAGUUUGUUCAUACUGUAUAAUGUUAACACAAUAGUUUUCAUUAUCCUUCCUCUGACGCAUCUGCAGCAUCAGUGUUGAUUUUACUCAUCCCUCUUGACCUCAAUGGAUUGCAGGAGGAUUGUUCUGGAAGGUGUGUGAUUACUGGUUCUGGUUUUGUGUAUUGAACGAGAGUAUUGUUCUCGAGAUGCUGUUGUUGGUUUCGACUCUUUUCGGGGAAGCAUCCUCUCACUGUGUUUGGUUUGUUCCUCGUCUUCGCCUUCAGGGAGUGGGCUUUGUGGAUUUCAAAACUACCAUCCUUCGGUAGUUUGGCCCGAACUACCCAAGUGUUUCCCAAACUAUGAGACACACUGUGCCUGUUUGAUGCAUUACGGAGAGAAUUUACGUAUUCCCAGAUGGGAAAGAGUUUGUCAGAAAAGCUACCAUUUCCAUUCCUCUGAAUGAUACCUUGGUUUUCGUGGACUCUCGAGGGACCAUUGCUUGGCUUGCUGCCGUUUUCUCACCUUUCUUGCACAAGGAACUGAGACAGACAUGUGAAAUUGCGGAGUGAAGAAAUCUUCUUCCGCAUCAGAUGUUGGCGGAGACUUUUCUUUGCAGACGAUCGCAAGCGGAUCGACUGACAUUGAUUGGGAGGAGGUUGGGAAAGCCUUUGUAACAGGUUUAAGAGAAUGAGAGGCAAAACAUGCGCUUUUCAGCUUCCGAUGAUCGGGGUUUUCGGAUUGAGUUCCACAAGAGAGAAGACUGGUUAGACUGGUGAUCACCAACAAGGUGACCUGUCUGCUCCACAAGAGAGAAGACUGCUUAGACUGGUGAUCACCAACAAGGUGACUUUUCUGUUCUGGAUACAUCUACUGUGGUGGCGUUUCGGAAGGAAAGGGUUGGAGGGGGGGGCGGGGGGGGGAGAGAGAGAGAGAGAGAGAGAGAGAGAGAGAGAGAGAGAGAGAGAGAGAGAGGGAGGGAGGGAGGGAGGGAGGGAGGGAGGGAGAGUGGCAUACAUGUACAAAGUGCAGGAGAGGGAGAGAGAACAGCAUGGCAGGCAGGAAAGAGCGGCUGGAUGUGUGCGAUGAUCUCAUUUUUGUCUUACAUUUUAUGCCAGCACCAUCAACCCGUUCCCUUUCUGAUAUGAAAGACCUGGCUUGCUGGUAUUAUGUCCUCUGUGCUGUAUGUGCAGAAUUUGUUAUGGAAAUCAAUCGUUGAUGUACAGGAUACUGCAAGUAGGUGAAAAAUGGUAUUGAUGCUGUCCGAUGUUAUUCAGAUGAAGGGCGGCAUCGUCUGCGAUUUGCAGGCAGCGAAAUAUCUGCCUGCAUGUACGCCAACACCGAAGCAGUGUACACAGUUCAUCAUAAUUGUUGCUUGCUUGGCGAUCCUGUACGGACCUUUUCUGGUCUCGUGCCUUGUCAUCGUUUCGAGGACAUGGAUUCCACUUCCCUAUUUUCGACAUGACAUGUUUCAUUAAGAUAGAAUCGUUCGUAGUGCUAGGUCUCUUCUCUUCCUACUCUUCUCCCAUAGUAGCGCUACGUCUCUUCUGUUCCCACUGUUCUCUUCUCCCGUUUACUUCACCAACCUGUCUUUCGGUGGAACCUAUCUCCUGGAUUUGUCAUCCAUACAGUGGUGAGCAGAUGAACCUGUCUUCCUUGCUCAGCCAAGCCUGCGGUGGUAACCAGGUGAGGUCCAACUUUCCUGGCGAUUCUCUCUGAAUACAUAUUAAAAGCUUUUCAGCCACAGGGCACUUGCGUGGCCCGGACUG